AUGUCCAAGCUGUCAGUUAACAGCACGCUCACAAACAAUGUCUGUCUCCAAAACACCCCAAACAACUACUCCCAAAAUAAUCCCCUCAACAAUCGCCGACCUUCCUCUCCGCCGUCGUCAUCUUUACAGGACGUUGUCCCGGCCCAGGCCAAUAGGCUGAACCCAAGAGAUCAUUCCGCCCGUAUAGCACCAGCCCCCCCGCGAUCCGCAAAGCAACGCCGCGCGUCCUCAAACAUCACUGUCUCGGCUGCUCUUUCAGCCACCUCGGCCCCGUCAUCUCUUAAACCCCACAGUUCCGGACUCUCAUCGUCCUCAUCAUCCCUUUCUUCUAAAGUUGAUACCCUCCCGCCCAACCUUGACAUUAUUCAUCAGUGGUCUGCUAAUGAUCCUUCCCAAGACUUGACGGCCCAUGUUUCUUCGUUGUCGAAAACUGUGGUCAAUAAGCGUGACAUUUUCGGCAGAACACUUUUGCAUCUUGUAGCUUCCACUAGUGAUAAGAAUUCUAACAACAACAAUGAUAACUCUAAAAUCACUCUGGCCGAAGCUUUACUGGCAAACCCUCAAGUCGACCCUUCACUCGAGGAUUAUGAAAAUGGAUGGACUCCACUUCACACAGCCAUUGCGUCUGGUAAUAUUACAGUCGCUCAAAUGAUUUUGGCCCGCUCGCCUGAAACUGCGGCAAUCCGUGACAAGGCCGGACAGCGGCCUUUGGAUCUGUUCAGAUCCAUGACUUUUGGGAAAACUUCUUUUACUAAAAUACCCGAAUCUCAGCUACCCUCUGAUUCAGAAGCUUUCACUACUAACAACAACAAAAGCAACGUGUUCCCUCAACAGGAAAGAUCCGCAUCAGUACUCUUGGCCUUUGGAUCAAAUACCAAUCAUAACCUCGGAUUCCCAGAUGGCGAUGAUAAAGCGGCCCCACAGCAAGUGCCCAUUAUUCGCGAUCUUGAAAUUUCACGACACAUCUUUACACACUGCAAAAUGCACUAUUCUUCAGUCAUGGAUAGGUUUCUCAAUGAUACAGGCGACAAUGCAAGAGACGAAUCUGAUUCAGAUGUUGAUUCCGGAACAGAGCUCGAUGCGCAUGCACGAAUCAAAAAACGCAAUAAGCAGAGCUCAAAACUUUUAAAAAUUCCAGUCGACUCUCCAACCGCAAAAUUUCUACCAUUGAAAGUUACAUCUUCUAAAAUAUCUAAAUAUCACUCGGCCGUUUUAUCUUCGGAUCAUGUGGGGAACCUAUACCUUACUGGAUCUUCUCGUUGUGGUCGACUCGGUCUCGCUUCUGAAGAUAAUCAUGGUUUAAAUGGAGUCCCGUCAAUUCAAUUCACAUUUUGUCAGGUCCCAUUUUUUUCAACAAAAACAGUCGUCGAUGUAGCUCUUGGACAUUUCCAUACUGUUGUUUUGACCUCUGAGGGAUCUGUCUACUCAUUUGGCUCAAACGAGUAUGGUCAGCUCGGCUAUUCAACCCCCAUCCACCCCAUCUCACAAUACCCUGAAAAACAUUCCCCACAGAUAGUAUCCGAAGCUUCGCUUUCUUCAGGCGAACGCAUCAUUGGUGUUGCUGCAUCCAAGGUCCACUCAGUUGCAUUUUCGCCAAAUUACAUGCUCAUAUGGGGGAAAAAUGUGGGUCAGAUGGGCUUCACUCCAUUGGAAACAAGCUAUGACGUGGGGAAACUCAGUCUUAAAAAUAGACGUCGUCGCUCAUCUGCAAAUGUAGGAACUGGUGGACAAGGUAAUGUAGGUCAUGGCACGAGUCUGCUUGCCUCGGGGAUUGAUCCCAAAGAUGGUGGUAUCAUUCAAUCCACACCACGCGUCUAUACCGGUAUUGCAGGGCCUAUUGUCCAAGUUGUGGCUUGUGAAUUUGCCACAGUUUAUCUUCUUGAAGACCAUUCAGUUUGGGUGCUUAUGAAUGGCGAAAAUUUCCGCAUAAAGUUCCCCAGUUUUACCAAAAAUCAAACCGACUCAUUUUCCGCUUACGCAAACAAAGCUCCUACAGUAAGCUUCAUUGUCAAGAUAUCAAUCAGUUGCAUGGGGUAUGUCUGUGCUGUCGACAAUCUUGGGAUUGUCUACUCUUUCAAUCUCCGUCCGCAUUAUAUAUCCCCUGCUGCCAUUGAAUCUAUGGAAGAAGGAAGUUAUGACGGGUCCAACACCCACCCACCCAAGGGUCACCAAAUUGCCAAAAACAUUAAAAUUAAGAUUCUUUGGCAUGCUUCUAUUGCAUCAAUGGUAGCUGUUGACGCUGACAUUUCUGAUGAUGGCUCGGUAAUUUUGUGUACCCGUGAAGGAACUGUUUGGAAAUCGUUUUCCAAUAAAACAAGCAAAAUAUCCGCUUCAAAACAAUAUCAAACACCUUCCACACAUACCAUCGUCAUGACUCCAGGUACCGGGGUAACACGUUAUGUUUACGAGCAAGUCUUGUUGGCCAACCGUGUAUAUAGUGUGUCUUGCGAUGCCUUAUUUUCUUCGUUUGCAUUGCUGCAAGAUGAAUACGUCCCUGACGCUCUUGGAGUCAAUUAUUCUCUUUCCAAAAUUGAAUACGCCCAUCUCUUACCUCGCAUUGAAGCUGGUGAUACGUAUCCAUUAAACGAGUAUUUCAGUAGCAUUCUUCCAAAACAAAAUUUCAAUACAAUGUUCCCCAGAGUUUCGUUUGGAGAUAAAACUGAGGCAGUGGCAGCCGCUCAUUACCGGGAAAUCUUCACUAACGAGCGCAGUCCUUUGCUAUCUUCUCUUAUUGGGAAAAACUAUCUUUACAUGUCAUUCCCUGGUGAUUCUAUUCGGCCUUAUUUCCCCGACCACAUUGAACGCCAUUUCGAUGUCGACGUGUAUUUGGCCCAAAGUGCUGGCUUGAAAAAAGUUGGAAGCGCUCAUGCUUUAUUUUUACUGGCUCGCCUUCCCUACUUUAAGUCGCUCCUUUCUAGUAGUAAAACAUCCGUCAGUUUACAAACUAAAGAAGGUGACAUUAAGGUGACAUUUAAAAAAACUUCUCAAGGAAACAACCAGUUGAUAUUUGCUGGCGUCAAGGAUGCAACUGUUGAAUCCAUCAUUUCUUACAUCUACACCGACGACUUUUUUUUUGGACGGGACCGGCUCCCCAGUCCUCCAUUUUUGAAAAAUGACGUUGAACAGAAAAAAAGAAAAGAAGACGAAGAGUUGUUUGAUAAGGAAGAUAUUCGGCUAGAGAUUUAUCGUAUUUCUAAACUUCUUGGCGUUAUGAAGGGUGGCCACGGAUCUAUGUCUAUUAUUUUUAAUAGCAAUAUUGAAAAGCAAAGCACUCUUGGUAAGGAUUUGUUUAACAUUUUAGAUGAUUCUUAUCUGCAUAAUCCCGCAAACACUCCAACAGAUGCACUAAUUUCAUUCACCUCUGGUGCUGAUGUAGACAUUACUCUUGAGGGAGAUGUCCAUGUGUAUCUUCACAGCUUUGUUCUUGCUGCCAGAUCUGCCUUUUUUACAGCAAGCUUUUCUCAGCGUUGGUACAAUGAUUCCGAAAGUAGUACCCCCGCAUUGGCAUUCCAGUGUCAUUUUCCCGACAUAUCUUUGCCCGUAUUCCGAGUGAUUAUCGAGCACAUUUACUGCGACUUUGGCGUCGAAAUCUUUAAUCAUCUGAAAGGCGGGUCCUUUCAGGACUCGUCAGAGUUUGUUAAGUUUGUCAAGAGUGUUUGGCAAUGCGCAAACUUUUUGACCUUGGUCAGACUAUGCGAUAUCUGUCAAGCUGUCCUUAAGGAGUUCAUUCAUUUGGAUAACGUUUGUGAAAUGUUAGAAUUUUGUUUGGAAUAUGACGGCUUCAAACUCCAUAUUGCAUGUUUGCAAUACAUUUUUGAAAACAUUGAAUUUAUGUUUGAAAAUGGAUUAUUGUCCGAUUUAUCUUUUGCUGGCUUUUGCUGUUUAUCAGACUACUGUCAAUCACGGCUAGAAAUUCCCACUAUUUCAAACAGUAAUAGGUUGUUUGGAUUUAUCAACGACAUUGAAACACAUAAUGAAGUUGUUUCCAAGUUAUCUUUACUAGACUACUCUCCAUUAAUAUAUACCCGGUCUUCUUCAAAACAAACUAAAGAAAAGGACAAUAAAGCAAAAACAACUGCCAAGUAUCACAAGCCGUCAAUUGAUGAUGGGUCAGAUAUGCUUUUCAGUCUUGACAUGGAGGAAAACAAUUUAUCAAAUAAAUCCUCUGCUGCGUCAUCAAGAAGAGUAAGUUUUUCUACGGGUACCGAGAGUAUUAGUCCCACUCCGGGAUCAGUUAUUGGCUCAUCUGGAUGGCAAGUGGUGGGUUCUCGUAAGCCGUCUUUCCCUACAUCGUCUAAGGCUGCUGUUUCAGAAGCAUUAUUGAGUCAACCUCAGGCUGUACCUAUUUCAGUUUCUAAGCCGACAUGGUCAAACAACCAGUUAUCUCAAGCCACAUUGUUGCCAAAGCCAGUGGGUCCAGCAUCAGUAGUGCAACAACAAGGCUUUGGUACAACUUUGGAUCAACGGCCCAAUGCCAAUGAAUCAAACUUUCCAAGCUUAGGAUCAUGGCAGCAGGCUAAGGAAAAGCGUACCACCACAGUUGAUACCUUGACGAGCACUCGCACUGCAUCGGUUAUUUCUGGAUCUUCAAAGCCUUCUAAACUACAACAAGCAUUACACCAAAAUGGGAGCUCCAGUUCUAAUGGCCCAUCACCUGUCGCAUCAAGCUUAGGAGGAGUGUCUGGCAUUUAUUCUGCCGGAUCGUCGCCAUCGACAUUGUCGCUUUCUCUUACUGCUUCCAAACUAGCCACCCGCAUUUCAUCCGCAAGUUCAAGUCAAAAGUCUUCUUCUGAGGGAAUGUUCACUAUUAAACCGGCUAAAAUGUCUAAAAAGGACCGUAAAAAACUUCAGCAACAGCUGGAAAAAGAAGAGCAGGAUAGGAAAGCUGCUGCUGCUGCUGCUGCACUUGAAGAUUUGACUGGCACUUUUCUGCUUGAAGAAACUUCGACUUCGAAUCCAUGGAAAAUCCCCACUUGUUCUUCUUCUGCUUCCCCUUCAGCUGUCACACCUGUGGAAACGCCGUUCUCCAUUUAUUCCUCGACAAGUGUGAGCACUAGUUCUAGUGAUUUAGGCGAUAAGCACGCACGUGCAAACUUUUUAAAAAGUUCUCCGGCUAAUGGUGGUAGCACUUGCGUCGCCUCCCUGGUCUCGAAAUCCGAAGCUAAUAAUAUUAAUUAUAAUAACAACCCAGGCAAAAAUGUUUCAGCAAAUAGUAGCUCAAACACCCCCCGGCUAGGAUCCAUUGCUGCGGGGCCGACACUUGCAGAUAUUAUUGAACAGGAGCGAAUUUUUACCGAGAUUAAGGUUCAGCAAAGCCGGAAGAGCUUUAAGGAAAUUCAGGAGGAAGAAGAAUUCGCCAAAUGGUGGGCAGAAGAGUCCGCAAAAGCUCAACGUGAAGAAAAAGACCGUGAGAAUCGUCAGCGAGAGCUUUUAGAAGAUGCCGUGUCAGGUCAAAAGAAUAGCAAUAAAAACUUUACGAAGGGUCAUGGUGGUGGUGGUGGUGGUGGUUCCAAUAAUAAUGGUAAAAGUCGUAACAGACGAAAUAAAAAGUCUGCAAUUGCUGCUACUAAUAAUGAUAAUAAUCGACAAGCCAAUGGUUCAAACAACUUAAACAGUGCAAAAUCCCAACGCGGACCCUAUAAUAAUAAUAAUAAUAAUGACCAUCACAAUAACGGAAAUAAUGGGGGCGGCAACGAUGUCCAAAACAAGACUGGGCCAGGAAACAGGCCUAAAGAAUUGGAAAAUGGCGAUGGCAACAUCCAUGAAACGAUGGAUAAGAAAUCUGGGUCAGGCAGCAAAGAUAAUAAUAAGCUUAAUACUAAUCCUGGGUAUCAUCAUUCCAGAUCUGCGUCUAGACGUGAUGCCGGCACGCAUAAAAAUAAGGGCAAGCCAUUGGCUUUAGAGUAA